AUGCGACGUGCUUAUCUUAGAGCUGACCCAUGUCAACCUAUUCUUAAACCUACAGAAUACCCAGUUUCAGGACCGGAGAAUCAUCGUCGUCGAUUUCAAGCUUCUUGGUUUCAGACAUACUCAACUUGGUUGAAGUAUUCGGAAUCAAAGGAUGCUAUCUUUUGUCAUCCAUGUUAUAUUUUUGCUAAGAAAUCAACUGGCCGUCCAGGAUCAGAUGCAUUUACAGUGAAAGGUUUUACGAAUUGGAAAAAUGUGAACAAUGGAAUUAAUUGUCCUUUACUGGGGCAUGUGGGGACAGAUCCAAAUUCAGCACAUAAAAUUGCUGUGAAAUGUUGUGAAGAUUUGAAGAAUUAUUCACGGCAUAUUGGCAAAGGUCAUGAUGAAAGCUCCGACUCAAAAAAUCAAGGUAACUUCAUUAAAUUGAUAAAGUUUUUAGCAACUUUUAAUGAUAAAGUUGAUGGAGUUGUGUUGACAAAUGCUCCACGGAAUGCCAAAUAUACAUCACCCCAAAUUCAAAAAGAAAUUUUGCAUAUCUUUGCAACUAAAGUGCAAAAUGUGAUUCGCAAAGAAAUUGAGGAUGUUAAAUUUUGCAUUCUUGUUGAUGAAGCUCGGGAUGAGUCAAAAAGGGAGCAAAUGGCAAUCAUUUUGAGAUUUGUUGAUAAAGAUGGUUUUAUUCGAGAGAGACUCUUUUAUAUUGUCCAUGUCAAAGAUACUACUGCAUUAACUUUAAAAAAGAAGAUAUGUGAUGUCCUUUCUUGUAACGACCUCAAAAUUCAGAAUGUUCGAGGUCAGGGAUAUGAUGUAGCAUCUAGAGAAGCAAAAUCUGUUCAUCAGUUCUUUGAGAAUUUGAAUUUUAUUAUCAACAUUGUUGUUGGUUCUUCAAACCGCAAUGAUGAAUUGCAAUCUGCUCAAGUUGCUGAGAUUGAAAGUAUGAUUGCUUCUAAUGAAAUUGAGAUUGGAAGGGGGGCAAACCAAAUUGGUACUUUGCAACGACCUGGAGAUACUCGAUGGUCUUCUCAUUUUAAUUCUGUUUGUAGCUUGAUAAAAAUGUUUCGUGCAAGUUGUUCAGUUAUUGACACAAUCUCAAAGGAGGGAACCAACUAUUCUCAACGCGGUGAUGCUGAAGCGGCUUAUAUGAAUAUGUCCACUUUAUCUGAGUUGUGCAGAGGAUUAGCAAUUUCAGGAAAAUCGAAGAUUUAUAAUUUGAUUGAUAGGUUGAUUCGUCUGGUACUGACUCUCCCUGUUUCUACCGCUACCACUGAACGAGCGUUUUCUGCCAUGAAACUUGUAAAAACUAGAUUGCGUAGUAGAAUGGAAGAUGAGUUUCUAGCAGAUAAUUUGAUAGUUUAUAUCGAGAAAGAAAUUGCUAAGGAUUUCAUGACAGAGAUGAUAAUGGAUGAGUUUUAUUCCCUGAAAGACCGUCGACAUUGA